CGGUGCAGAGCGGGCGGCGGCGGCGGCAGCGGAGGCGGCGGCUCCAGCCUGCGCGGCGCGGGGCUCGGCGGUGGGAUCUGGCAGCGGUGCUAGCUCCGCGCUCCCUGCCUUGCUCCCUGCUGGGGGCGGUCGAAGGGCGCGGCGCGAAGUCCGGGUGGCCCGAGUGCACGAAUCCAGCCUUGUCACAUCAUCUCACCUCCUUGGUUUUGGAAGUCCUGGGAAGAGUUUGGUUUGGAGCAGGAGGAGGACAUUGAUGUGCUUGGCGUGCAGCCAAUAGUGACAAGGCAGGCCUGGUAUCUGGAUGCCCUAUUGACAAUUACGGGCACAGAGAGGUUUUGAAGAGGCCUGGAAUCACACAGCAGAUAACUAGGCUGAGAGCUGCUGCUGAUCCUCAUCCUGGAGAAGAGGGAUGGCUGCUCCUGUCCCGUGGGCCUGCUGUGCUCUGCUUGCUGCUGCUGCUGCAGUUGUCUACGCCCAGAGACACAGUCCACAGGAAGCACCCCAUGUGCAGUAUGAGCGCCUGGGCUCAGAUGUGACACUGCCAUGUGGGACAGCAAACUGGGAUGCAGCCGUGACAUGGCGGGUAAAUGGGACAGACUUGGCCCCUAACCUGCUCAACGGCUCUCAGCUCAUGCUCCGGGGCCUGGAACUGGGCCACAGUGGCCUCUACGCCUGCUUCCACCGUGACUCCUGGCACCUGCGCCACCAAGUCCUGCUACAUGUGGGCUUGCCGCCGAGGGAGCCCGUGCUCAGCUGCCGUUCCAACACUUACCCCAAGGGCUUCUACUGCAGCUGGCAUCUGCCCACCCCCACCUACAUUCCCAACACCUUCAAUGUGACCGUACUGCACGGCUCCAAAAUUAUGGUCUGUGAGAAGGACCCAGCCCUCAAGAACCGCUGCCACAUCCGCUACAUGCACCUGUUCUCCACCAUCAAGUACAAGGUCUCCAUAAGUGUCAGCAAUGCCCUGGGCCACAAUGCCACAGCUAUCACCUUUGACGAGUUCACCAUUGUGAAGCCUGACCCUCCAGAAAAUGUGGUAGCCCGGCCAGUGCCCAGCAAUCCUCGCCGGCUGGAGGUGACAUGGCAGACCCCCUCAACCUGGCCUGACCCUGAGUCAUUUCCUCUCAAGUUCUUUCUGCGCUACCGACCCCUCAUCCUGGACCAGUGGCAGCAUGUAGAGCUGUCAGAUGGCACAGCACACACCAUCACAGAUGCCUACGCCGGGAAGGAGUACAUCAUCCAGGUGGCAGCCAAGGACAAUGAGAUUGGGACAUGGAGUGACUGGAGUGUGGCUGCCCACGCCACGCCCUGGACUGAGGAACCACGACACCUUACCACUGAGGCCCAGGCUACGGAGACCACGACCAGCACCACCAGCUCACUGGCACCCCCGCCCACCACGAAGAUCUGUGACCCUGGUGAGCUGGGCAGCGGUGGAGGACCCUCGGCACCCUUCUUGAUCAGUGUCCCUGUCACUCUGGCCCUGGCUGCCGCUGCCGCCACUGCCAGCAGUCUCCUGAUCUGAGCCCGGCAUCCGUGAGGACACGCAGAGCACCUGCAGAGGAGCAGGAGGCCGGAGCUGAGCCUGCAGAGCCCGGUUUCUAUUUUGCACACGGCAGGAGGACCUUUUGCAUUCUCUUCAGACACAAUUUGUAGAGACCCCGGCAGGCCCGGGCCUGCCGUCCCUUAGCCCCGCCACACCAACCCGGCCCUCCUUCCUCCUUCAGGUGAGGAGGACCAUGCAGCUAACCCACCCACCAAAGACCCCCCACCCUGCACCCUCGGGCUGGACCCUCCAAUGCCAGCGACUCCCAGGAGCCCUUGGGGGGCCUGAGGGGAGCCUCUCACAUUCACAGUUUCUCCUCCUGCCCCAGCCUCUUGUCUGUCCUAGGGUCUCUGUUGCCACCAUCAGAUUAUAAGCUCCUGAUGCUGGGGGGGCCCAGCCAUCCCCCUCCCCCCAGCACCCACACUUUUCAGUCCCCCACUUCUGCCCCUGUUUUGUACGGCCCUCCCCUGGCCCUGCUCCUACCCCACAGUAUUUAAUGCCCUGUCAGUCCCUUCUAGUCUGACUCAAUGGUAACUUGCUGUAUUUGAAUUUUUUAUAGAUGUAUAUACAGGGUCGGGGGUGGGGGGUUCUCAUUAAAUGUCACCAUUUCAUGAG